GCAGAUGGUCGUGGAACCUGCAGCAGAAGCCACCAAGAACGUCAACGUGACCAUGAACUGCCCCCAGGGAUCGGCAGCCCCAGCAGAUGAGGGCAUCGGAGAGAAGGGCAAGUGGAACCGAAGGUGCCAAGCAAGACAAUGCUGAGAGAUAUGAGCUGCCAUUUACCCAAACACCCCCAAGCCUUUAAGAAUGCCUUCCAGUUUGGUGCGUCCCCAGGGAGCCACUUGGAAUUUGACGACAUUCCAGCAACAUUCCACCAAAGGUUUCACUUCUCCAUGGAGGUCCGACUGAACUCAUCCAACGGCCUCCUCUUUUACAUGGCCAAUGAAUCUCUGGGCUUCUUCUUCUCCCUCUUUGUCUCCAGUGGCCGAUUUGUGCUCUUGGCUGAUAUCAGCGGAAGGAAACUGAGAGUCAGGAGCAAAGAAAAGUACCAUGAUGGAAGGUGGCACACAGUCUUCUACAGCAGAGACAGAAGCAGAGUCCAGCUCAUCAUCAAUGGAUUGAGAGCCCAGGAGAAGUCCCUGCCUGUUGCUGGAGACUUCUGGAUCCCUGGUCCUUUCUACGUUGGAGGAGCCCCUGUGGAGAAAGCCAAAGCGCAUAUACCAGAUGCUUCCGCUACCAGCUUUAAAGGGUGCAUCCGGCACUUGAAACUAGACAGGAAGCCUCUGGUCUCACCGUCCCGCCUCUUUGGAGUGACCCCUUGUUAUGAGGGUCCUUUGGAAAGUGGCACCUUUUUCUCUGCUGAUGGAGGAUACGUGGCUCUAGACAGGUCCGUAGCUAUUGGGCAGGACUUUGAGUUGAUGCUGGAAAUUCGCCCCCGGAGUGUGUCUGGCUUGAUAUUUCACAUUGGCACAAGACAAACAAACUACCUCAGUCUGUAUACAGACAAGGAAAAGGUCACUGUGAUUGCAAACACUGGUGCUGGGGAAUUUGCCACCUCGGUGACCCAACCUUCACUCUGCGAUGGGCAGUGGCAUACGCUAGCAGUAAUCAAAAGCAGCAACGUGAUUCAGUUAGAUGUGGACACAGAGGGAAAUUACAUUGUGGGACCCAACCAAGCCCAUGCUGAAGCCAUCAAAGAAAACUUCUACCUCGGUGGAAUGCCAGAACUUGAAGACACUGGCCUCCCUUUGGCACCUGUGGCUCAUCUACCCUCCUACAUUGGCUGCAUGAAGAACUUGGUGAUUAACCGGAACCAAAUUAACCUAAGAGAAGCUGGGACUGUAAGGGGAGCGGUAGGGCUCACAGAGUGCCCACUUAUGUAAAAACUAUUUGUACGUGUUAAGUCAGUACUGCAGAAAGCCACACAACCCUUCAGGAAGCCAGCAGUCCCUCAAGCUUGGGCACACACAGCAUUCCUUGCCGCCUGGGGACACAGUCCAUGUUCAGCACCAACAGCAGGUGUGUUGAGAGGGCAAGGAGGCCUCAUCCGUUUUUAUUUGUAAUUGAUGCUUUCCUGCCUUUACACAUUGUCCACAGUAAUGUUUUUGAAGAGGGCAAGGGCAUAUGGUAUAUUUAUAAUAGUACUGUUGAAGCAUAAGGUGUUCCCUCUCUCCUCCCCACACCUGGUAAGAUUCUAAUCAGGAUGAAUCUGUCAGUGUAGUUUGUGAACAACUGCUUCAGCCAGCUGAAAGGCUCAAGGGACAGGAACAAAAUUAUUUAAGCACGUCUAAAUAUGAAAACUUUAUUGCUGCCAUCACCCAAAUUGUAUUUCAUCAUUUCCAAGCAGCUGGCAGCAUGAGAACCAUUUGGUCGGGGGCCAGUAUUUAUUUACUGAAAUAAUGAAACACUGUGCAAGAUGCAGGUCUUGGAGCUUCAAAGCCAUUUUGCAUUGUGCUUGUCUAGUCUCUACCAACCAGGCACUCGUUGUUUCAGAAAAACAGUAUUUCAUGUUUUUGGUGCUAAGUUAAUGAGUAGAAUUAAAUCCAUUGAUUAUGACUUGGGCAGAUAGCCUUUAAUGUAUAAGGAAAGGAUGACUCAACUACCAUAUUUUUCGCUCCAUAAGAUACACCUGACCAUUAGACGCACCUCGUUUUUAGAGAAGGAAAACA